AGAUUAUUUUGAGACCAAUAAAAAUAAAGAGAGAAAAAAUAGAACAAGGGAAGAUUUUAUCAAUCUCAAAAUCUUGACCACAGAAGAGUUUGCUUUAGCAGUGUCUUACAUAAAUCCAUAAGCAUGUGCUGCAUUUUCUCUGUCGAAUUUGAGUAACAAAUUGGUAGUGUAAGAAGAUAUCAUAAUUCAUAACAAGCAGAAGAAGCUAAAGAAGAUGUUAGAAGGAAAAGGUGUGGUGCGAGAGACAGACAUGGAAGAAGUGAUGCAAAGCCAUGUCAUGGAGUUAGCUCACCAAGCUCUAGAUGCACAUGAAGUUUCUGAUUGUCAGAACAUUGCCUAUUUCAUCAAACAGAAACUUGAUGAAACAUAUGGACCUGCAUGGAAUUGUGUUGUUGGAAAUGACUUUGGAUCUUGUAUUACACAUUUAUGUGGAAGUUUCAUAUUCUUUCGAGUAGAGAUGAUGGAGUUUCUGAUCUUUAAAGAUGGAAAAGACUUCACAGAAAGCAGGGAAGAAGUUAUUAGAGUUCUACAGAAACCAGGAGCUUGAGAUUCAUAAAUCUAGUUAUUCCAAAUUUAUUUGUCAUAAACAUGUUUAAUAUUUCCAAAAAAAGUUAUUGAAGUAUAGAAAAACAACACUGUUACCCUCUCUCAGUGUCAGCGUUAUCUGAGUCUUGAGCCUUAUCGACCUAAUGCAAUUUUUACUUGUCA